UAAUGUGUGGUGACGUGCCGUGAAUCUCGAAACGUGGCUGACGUUUGCGUUGUUUUGUCAGUUUUCCUUUCGUUAUUUCCAGCAGCGGUGGCCGCUAAUAGUGCGCUAAAUUGCGUUUCGCAAAGUAUUAUCUAAAAACUUAAUACUUUAAUUAUUACAAAAUAAUGGAUCAAAUCGCGAAGUUCGUAGAGCCUGGCAAGCAGUUCGCCAAGGACUCCAUCAGACUGGUGAGGAGAUGCACCAAACCAGACAGGAAAGAAUUCCAAAAGAUUGCCAUCGCCACAGCCAUCGGUUUCUGCAUCAUGGGCUUCAUCGGAUUCUUUGUCAAACUGAUACACAUUCCCAUUAACAACAUCAUUGUCGGAUCAUAGACUGCCUAGUUUAGUUUUAGACGUAAUUCUACAUUUAAGACCUCCAACAACUCUAUAAGUUAUCUGUCGUAAAUUUCAUUUAUAAUUGUUUCUUAAAAAAAUAAAUUAUUCAAUAAACUUUU